CCGGUUUCUUCCAUCAACACGAAGGAACUGCGUUGCUGUUAUUUGUUUUGAACGCGUGACGACAAAAUGGCCUAAUUUGGCGGUUGUUUUUUUAUUUUUUUAUAUAUAUAUACACCCUGCAGGGGGGUGGGGAGGUGUUUGUGUUGGAUACCACCGGCACGUUUGUUCCAUUUUAACGACGAGCCAAGAGGACUUCCGCCGCGAGAACCGUUUCGACGCCGGCGAAUGUCAGCUGUGUUGUGGAUGUGAGACGACGAGUGACUUUGGGUGGUUUUGGCAGCUGGCCGUAAAGAAGACCCGCCUGCCCCCCCCCCCCCACCACCAGCGAGUCCUUAUGCUUGAGAGACGCCGCAGCCUGUGUCUUCCAGAAUGGAUGAUGUGGACUUAAAGACAUUUGUGUACCAACAUCAGCACUUUGUGUUCUGCUGCGGUGCUCAAACAUUCGACAGGAGAACACCUCCCAUCCACCACCUCCGAUCUCUGCACCAUGUGUGUAAAGGCUGACUUCAAACACCAAGGAAAGGACAUUUGAGACCUUCUUUUUCGUCUUUUUUUUUUUUUUUUUUACUUUAAGGUCCCAGGUACUGCACAUCCGAGCCUACAGCCCCAAUGGAAGUCUCCUUACUCUAGUUUUUCACAUCUAGUCCCCCCUGUACUCUUGUGUGGGAUGUCGGAAAAGCCUGAUGACAAAAUGGUGAAGUUCCUGGCCCCCCCUGCGAAGAGUGGAAACGGUCCCAGUUCCGGGUCGGACUCUAUGGUUAACGAAUCCCGGCCGGCGGAAGUGAGACGGCGGCAUCACACCAUGGAGCGCGACCGCUGCAACCCCGAGCACCGCUUCUUCCGCCGCAGCGUCAUCAGUGACUCCAAUGCCACCGCGUUGGCCCUCCCUCUCCCCAGCAGGAUCCCCAUACCCGCCGCCGCCGUCCAGCGCAUUCAACCGCGCGACGCCGCGCCGCAGCGGCAACCGGCCACCCCCGUACGCUCACCGCAGGCGGAACCCAACCUGGUCCGUAAAGACGAGUCCGCCCAGUCGCUAGAAGGUGUUGAGCGGAAAGACCCCGAAAUCGCCAAGGCCGACGCGGUGCCCCUCGAGCAGGUGUCCGCCGUCAUACAGGAAGUCUGCGACGCCGAGGCGGCGGUGCUGGGGACCCACUCGCCGCCAGACCUGAGUCACAUCGAGUCGGCCGAGGCAAAGGUGCCGCAAGAGGGGGAGGAAGAGGACAAGGACGCCGCCAAAGCUCGCGCCGAGGCGGAACAGAGGGAAGCGGAGAAAAAAGUGCAGGAGGACAUCGAGGAAGCCGAGACGAAAGCGGUGGGGACCUCGCCGGACGGACGCUUCCUGAAGUUUGACAUUGAAAUCGGGCGUGGAUCUUUUAAGACGGUCUACAAGGGUCUGGACACGGAAACCACGGUGGAGGUGGCGUGGUGCGAGUUACAGGACCGCAAGCUGUCAAAGACGGAGCGGCAGCGCUUCAAGGAGGAAGCGGGGAUGUUAAAGGGACUGCAACAUCCCAACAUUGUCCGCUUUUACGACUCCUGGGAGGGACCUUCCAAGGGGAAGAAGUGCAUUGUUCUGGUCACUGAACUCAUGACUUCUGGCACACUCAAAACAUAUCUAAAGAGGUUCAAGGUGAUGAAAAUUAAAGUGCUGCGGAGCUGGUGUAGACAGAUCCUCAAGGGACUCCACUUUCUUCACACUCGUGCCCCUCCAAUCAUCCACCGGGACCUGAAAUGCGACAACAUUUUCAUCACAGGCCCGACAGGAUCCGUAAAGAUUGGAGACCUGGGGCUGGCCACACUGAAGCGUGCGUCCUUUGCCAAGAGUGUCAUAGGUACCCCUGAGUUCAUGGCGCCUGAGAUGUAUGAGGAGAAGUACGACGAGUCAGUGGAUGUGUAUGCCUUUGGAAUGUGCAUGCUGGAGAUGGCCACCUCCGAGUACCCUUACUCAGAGUGCCAGAAUGCUGCACAGAUCUACCGCAGAGUGACCAGCGGGGUGAAGCCGGGCAGCUUCGACAAAGUGGCCAUCCCUGAGGUGAAGGAGAUCAUCGAAGGAUGCAUCCGCCAGAACAAGGAUGAGAGGUACUCAAUCAAGGACCUCCUCAACCACGCCUUCUUUCAGGAAGACACAGGUGUGCGCGUGGAGUUGGCUGAAGAAGACGACGGAGAGAUGGAAGCCAUCAAGUUGUGGCUGAGAAUCGAGGACAUCAAAAAGCUAAAGGGAAAAUACAAAGACAACGAAGCCAUUGAGUUCUCCUUUGACCUGAACAAAGAUGUCCCGGAUGAUGUCGCUCAGGAAAUGGUGGAGUCCGGGUAUGUGUGCGAUGGAGACCACAAGACAAUCGCCAAGGCCAUCAAGGACCGAGUCUCUCUUAUCAGUCGCAAGAGAGCUCAGCGGCAGCAGGUCAGAGAAGACCAGGAGAAGAGAAGAAUUGAAGAAGAACAACAACAGGGUCCGUUACAAACAGCACAGCAGCCAAGCCACCAGUCCAGCAAGGAGGCGCCUCCGUCCCAGUCAGUUCCACAGCCCGCCGCCUAUGUUCCUCCCCCACAAGCCAACCAACACAACGCACCUAUGUCAGCUCAGCCGGGAUCUCAGCAAAGCCUCCCGACCGCCACCUACAACACUUCUCAAUCAGCCCAACCCGCCGGCUUGACCCAAGGGGUCUCCUACGUCCCUCAGUCCGCCGGGCAAGCCCCGGUUCAGAGUCAUACUUUGGCUCCCAUUCAGCCCGAAUCUGAGGAUUCUGAGGCUGACCAACACCAGCAGCCACAGCACACUGGCGGAGCCUCUCACUUGGGAGACAGAGCAUCUGGUCCGUCUGUCCUCGCUGAAACUCAGCCUGGAAUGUCCUACAGCGCCCCUCCCAGUCAGCAGCUUCAGCCCCAAGUGUCAUGCCCUCAGACACAAAAUGACCAAAUGCCACUGCAGCAUGUGUCAGUGGUUCAAGCUCAGAUGCCAGGUGUCCAGGCUGAACUCGUGCCCACUCUCCCCAGCAGCCAGUCUGUUCCAGUGGCACCACAGCAGUAUGGAGUAUACUACCAAGCAUCACUUCCCCCUAAGAUUCCCACCCAGCAGGGGAUGAUACCUCCAUCCUCUCAGUCGUCCCCUCCUCCAGCACAGCAACAGCAGCCAGAGAACCACAUUGGCCAUCAGAGCGCGUCUCUCCCACAGGUUCAAGCCGGAAGCCAUCCGUUGCAGGCGUCUGCAAGUCUUCCUCAGUCAACUGUUGAGCAGCCAGCAGCGUCCUCUUCUCUCGUGCCUCCGUCUGUAGAAAGCUGCCUGUCAGACGCAGCGUCGGGUCUGAGCGACGGCAACGAGGGCAGCUCGACGUCGGGAGGCCGCCACGAGGGCCGUUCCCUGAAGCGGCACCAACGCCGCUCCGUCCGCAGCCGCUCUCGUCAUGACAAGUGUGCCAAGGCCAAACUUAACGUUCUCAGUAUCUCUAAUGCUGGCGACCGAGUAGCAGAAUGCCAGCUGGAAACGCACAACAGGAAAAUGGUGACGUUCAGAUUUGACCUGGAUGGCGACAAUCCAGAGGAGAUUGCACAGAUAAUGGUUGAAAGUGAGUUCAUCCUGGAGAGUGAGCGGGACUCCUUCGUCGAGCAGGUCCGUGAAGUCAUCGAAAUGGCGGAUGAGAAAGGAGAGGGCAUGAAGGAAGCCUUUCCCCAGAUGAGCGAGCUUCAACAACAGCCAGAGUUGUCGGUCCCCAUGCUGCCAGGGAUCUCUCCCAGCACAGCAGCCCAGGUGGUGCACUCAGCUGGCCGCAGGUUCAUUGUGAGUCCAGUGCCCGAGUCCCGUCUGAGGGAGCAGUUUUUUGGCCCGCCCUCUGCUAAUACGUCUGUUGGCGACGAGCCUGCCUCAGGAGCCUCGAUGACAUUGGGCCUUUCUCUGUCCGCUCCACCUGGGAUCCUGCAGCAAGCUUUUAACAAAAUGAGGUCGGAUCACGCCGAACAAGGCAGUGCCAAAAUUGAUCCUACGAGUGCCGAUCAAGACACCGGCACGGUCUCGUCCAAUGAGGCCGGACCUGUUCCAAACACACAGAGUGCUGUGGCCCCUCCUGAAGCGGUGCCCUCCACCACUAGUUCUAAUUUCCCAGCUGUCAUCUCCACUGCGCCUCAGCCACCUCCCGCUAACGGGAGGCUUUCUCCCCCACCAGCUGUGUCAUCUCAGUCCCAAACCCCAGCUCCUGUCAGCAGUGAUCCCACUCCACCGAGGCAUUCUUCCCACGAAACCACCCUGUCACAGAUCGCCUCCCCUGCUGCUCUCCCCGCCUCCUCCACCUCCGUCCCCAUAGCACCCGCACCACAGUUGAGCGGGACUCCGGGCUCGGCCCCGGUUUCCGAGCCCCAAACCUUUAGCGCUGCUACAUCUUCUCAAUCCAUGACUUCAUCCACCCACGCAUCCCAGCACACAACCCCACAGGGUCAGAACCAAGCCCAGUCAGGAGAGGCGGAAGGAUCGGAUUUUCAGACCAAAACUGCAGGCAGAGAUGACAUCCAAGCCCUUGACAAGAAGCUCCGAUCACUCUUUAAAGACCAGAGCGGAGCGUCCUCUGCGUCAAUGGAUCCUGGCCAGAACACUGGGACCUCCUCGCCUCCCACUGGGACUUCUUCUCCUCCACCUGGACUUGCUCUGGUCCCUCCCUCCAACCUCCCGCUCACAUCCGGGGUGCAGGGUGUCACGCCACUGUCUACGACCACGCCAGGACAGGGGUUAACACCCGCAGGCCACGCUCAAACCCCUCCAACCAAGCCGAGGGCACAGACUUUACCUACUGGUUUUGACCAAGCUGCUACUGUGCCCUCUGACACUUUACCCCCAUUCCCUGGACCAAACCAGUCUCAGCAACCUCUGGGCAAUUUAAAUGCCCCGUUGAGGAGUGCUCUGAGCCCGGAGACGGUUCUGACUGGCAACAAAGUCCAGCCUCCAGCUGCCGGUUUCACUCUCGGCCGUUUCCAAGUGUCCGUUGCUACCGAGGGGGCGUCCAGCGGCGUUCCAGAUCCGGCCAACAUUGCCUCCUCUUCCUCCAUCACGCCCUCUUCUACCUCCUCCUCCUCCUCUUCUCGCUCCUCUUCCUCCUCCCCGUCAAGCCCCGAAAGCACCAUCCACCGCCUGUCCACUCUGCCCGCCAAGCUGUGCGAAACAGACAACAGGAACGCAGCCGGUCAGCCACCCACCAUAGCGAUAGGUCGCUUCCAGGUGUCCACCAGCGCCAAUGCUACGCCAAGACAAGCGCCCGCCUCCAAAGUGGGACGCUUUUCAGUCACAGUGACAUCAACUGAAGGCUCAAGCCCCACACACGGUUCCAGUGUGCCAAACGGGCCCUCAGCCAGUGACCCUCACGACGCACACACCCCCUACAGCAGCGACAACGAAGACGAAUCGAUGGACGAAGCUCUGAAGAAACAAAUCGGUCAUCUCAAAGAAAUACACAUGCUGGAGAUUCAGGCUCUGCUGUCCCGUCAAAAAGAGGAAAUUGAAGCGGCCUACACCCAGCACAGGAAAAAAGCUUCACCUUCUGCCCAUUCUUUCGCCGUGGCUAUGGCCGGGGGUCGACGUAGGCUUAAGAGCAAAAGCCACAAGUCUCCCCGCAGCAGUGGACAACCCAGCCCCGUCUGCUCCGGAUGUCCCCCCUCAGCUCACAGUCCCACCGGUUCCAAGCAUCCCCUGAAACAAUGCACACCACCCACGGCAAUAGUGGCCCCCCAGGCAGGAGUGGGGUCCCCUGUACAAACGCUCAGACCCUCUCCAUCCUUGCCCAGUCUCAGCAGCGCUUGCUCCACAGUAGCGAGCGGGACCUCGUCCACAAACGGCUCGGGACCCUACCAGAACCACUCGGCGUCCCUGACUCAAGCCAGCGGACUCGCCUCCGCCGCCUCUCAGGCGCAGAAGUCCAAGGGCAUGUUUACCGACGACCUGCACCAGCAGCUGGACAAAUUUGCCAAAGACGCCAAGAGGGGCCCCAAAACGGGGGCACAAUCCGCUCUGGGACAUGAUAUCACCCCCCCCGCCAACAUGGGCCGCAAGUUCUCCGCCCCCGGCUACCUCUGCCCGCCGCUCCCCGCCACCACCUGCACCACCUGCUGCACCACCACCACCACCACGGCGCACCCCGCCUCCGGCCCCCGCAAGGGCUCCCUGGGCCCGGUGGGCCAGGGGUUCGGCUACGCCGCCGCCGCCGCCGCCUCCUACGUCGCCCCUCAGUGGGCGGGGCCCACCGCCAGCUGCCAGGUAGGCCUGCUCAACCCCGGCCCGCCGCUCACGCAGUACCAGCCGGUGCACCCGGGGUACCACCUGGGGACCGCGCAGGCCGCCCAGAAGUCCGUCAACCCGGGGGGAUCCAACCUGAGGCCCACGUAGCCCAGACCCACACGGGGGGCGGGAGGGGGGGAGGAAGGAAGGAAGGAAGCACACACACACACCCUUUUUAACUUUGAUUUCAUCUUUAUUAUCAUUUCCCACGCGUCGUCCUGCGCGCCUCAGGGCAGGCGUGAAGUCCGAGGGGAGCGUGCAAUACACACUUUGUUGCCACAGGGUCCUCAUUCCACGCCGGGAGUCACAUGGUGUCGGAGGAAGUGUGCCGGGAGAGAAGGAAUACUCGUACGUUGAGAGGAAUGCAAUAAUUGAGAGAGAACUAACCGCCCCCCCCUACCCCCUUUUUUUUUUGUAGCUGUGGCCUUAUUCCCUGUACAUACAUAUUUAUGUCACUCUGGACUGCCUGGUGUUGAGCACCAUUAAAGGGGGGGGGGGCGGCGUCUUUAAAGGAGGACGGGGCUUUUAAACAGGAUGGGGUCCGAGCCCCAGCGGUGGGACGAGGAAGACGACGUCUCCGUGCCAAGCUGUGAUUUCCCAGGCGUUCCACGGGGUUCUUUCCCCCCAAAACAUGCACACGCUUCAGAUCUGGCCUCUGAUUGGACGUCCACCCCCCCCUCCCCCCCUUCCGUCACAUUAGUGGGAUCCUCCUUCUCCUUUUUUUUUUUUUUUGUCGUUGUUUUUGUACGCAUCUAUUUAAUAAAGAAAAAGAAAGUUCUUUAGGGACCUGUACUCAGCCAUCAGAUGUUGAUGUUGUCUCACUGUAAUUCCUAUUAAAGGUUGUUAAACAACACGUAGUUCAAAGGAGUUUGGAGAAAAAAAAAAAAAAAAAGUGCAAUUGCAGGGUGGCGGUCUGUACUCUUUCUUCUUCACUCGCUUGUGCGUAGUUUUGACGUGACGAGCUCUCUUUUUCUUCGUCGUCUCCUCGGAACACUCGAGUGCCUCGCAUCCUCUACCGCCCCGUCACAAUGUGAACAAGUACGCACCUCCUUCCCUUCUCACGCGGCCACGCCACGGAUGGGACGGCGCCCGGUUUGGAUGACCAGUUUUAAAAAAAAACAA